ACGAAUCAGAUCCGACCAAUCACUAGGCUCCGGAAUUGACAUUACUUCCGGUCUGCGUUCCCAUGCUUGUUUGGUGGUUCAGCACGUUUUCUAGUGAGCUCUUUACGUUUUAUUUAACAAGAGAACCAUAUGUUAGACAUUGGAUCAGACAUAUUUCAGUAAACCAAGACCAUGGCCAAAAAGAAAACAGGACAUUCAGAAUCAAAUCCGCCGAAAAGGAAAAAGUUGUCUUCAGAUACUUAUGUGGUUCAUACAGACAAUAUGACGAACACUGAAGUGAAAAAGAAAAAGAAGAAAAUAGAGGAUGCUUCUGUGCAGAUUCCUGAUGUAGAAUUCACAGAAAAUGAUCCCAAACCACAAAAGAACAAGAAAAACAAAAAGAAAGGUGUGAAAGAGGUACCACAGCCAAUGGACACACAGAACUCAGUUCUGCCCGGGCGCCCAGCGGACACACGUGACUUAAAGGCACAAGAGGGGGAGGAGGAUCUGACACCUGAGGAAAGGAGGGUUCUGGAGAGGAAGAUGAAGAAGAUCCUGAAAAAGGAGGAGAAGAAGAGACUGAAAGCUGAGGGAGAGACGUUGGAACGGACAGAAGUUGCUGGACCAACUGCAUCCCAGCAGGCUUUGGAUUAUCUACAGUGCUGGUCUGAGCAGCGAGCGCAGUGGAAGUUCCAGAAGACGAGGCAGACGUGGUUACUACAGCACAUGUUCGACCCUGAGAAGAUUCCAGAUAAAAAGUUCUCAGUGUUGUUAUCGUACCUGGAGGGUCUACGUGGAGCAGCGAAGGACACUUCAGUGCAGAAGGCUUUAGCAGUGGUUGAGGAGUCAGGAGAAGCCCCGGAUGACGCGCUCUUCCAGCAGAGGGCGCACAGAGCCAAAGAAGUCAUCCAGUUGCUGUCAUGACUCUGACUUCAUUGUUACAGCAGAAUCACAUUUACAGACGGACUGAUUUCAAAUCUGUGGUAUUAAAAAAAAACGGCUCUCCUUUUAUGUUCAACGCUUUUGGCGGUUUUCUCCACAGAAGUUUUUUUAUUCAUUUUUUUGAAUGAAUUCUUCUUCUUUUAUAUUCAUGUUAUGUACAUAAUGUCUUAAAAACCAGAAUUUAUUCUGACCACAUCUGUACUUAACAAAUUUAAAGAGUGAUUUUCAGAUAACACAGACAUAGUGACGAUGGAGUUCAGUCCCAGGAAUGUCUGCAGUCUGGACACGUUUGAACGUGUGAAAGCCUGUCGUCAGUGAGGACACCAGGGUCGGUUUUGUUUGGAUAAAUAUUCCAGUUUCAUGUUUAUUGCAAAAUAAAUGUAAAUAAUGGAUUUUACACAUACAUCCACAAUUCAGUUCAUCUAAACAGCAAUUCAUAAAUUGACCUGUGUAGGAAUUUAUACAUAAACUUGUCUCCAUCAUA